AGAUCACAUCGCGUAUUACAGAGAACACUUUUGUGCCUCCAAUAUGAAGGUGCCAUCAUCGUAUGCUUUCGCUGCGCAGCCUCAGUUCGCAUAUCACGGAGUGCCACAAAUUAACAGCUUCGCGUCCCUACAACCAACGUAUUACCCCAUAGCGGCACACUCGUAUAUUCCGACUGCGAACGUCUUCUAUCCUUCUGCAGCUUCAUUUGCUCCAGUAUUAGCUCCUGGCUUCCCAUCAGCCCCCGCUUAUCCUAGCGCUCCUGAGACCAGUCCUCCUCCUGUUUAUCCUGGAAGCUCACCAAGCCCACCCUCUUCUCCAUCUGGGGAUGCCGAUUCUGCCGUAGUAGAUUCCGCAGAUUAUAACGCUGAUCAGCUAAAACAACAAGAACCAGCAUCAACUCCAGCUCCUCAACCUCCAGCUCCUGAACUUCCAGCACCUGAACCCACUCAACCAGCUCCGCAGUUCCCACCUUUCCCCCCUUCCAACACGUUCCCCAAUUUCCCUAAUUUCCCCCAACUGCCUCAAGAGUCUGGAGAAUCUCCCUCAUUUCCGCAACUUCCUCAGCUUCCUCAGCUUCCUCAGCUCCCAAUACCACAAUACCCAGACAACAUUUUCCUUCAGGGAACUUCCUCACCUCCCUCUAGCUUUCCUGGAGCCAACAACGAAGACAAAGGUCUAAAUGAUGCAGACACGGUAUCCGUAGAGUCUGCCUAAGACAUGUAUGCAAUUUAAAAAAAAUAUAUAAGUACAUUUUUGUGA